AUAUAACAGUAUAUAUAUAUUAUAUUCAAGAAGUUGUAUAUAUAUAUGUUGAGGAAGUUGUACUCCUAGUAUUAGUUGCAGCCAUGGCCACCCAUGCAGCUUUGGCUUCUACAAGACUCCCAACCACCACAAGGCUUCCUUCCAAGACCUCCCACUCUCAAUGUUUCUCCAAGAGGCUGGAGGUAGCAGAAUUCUCGGGGCUUCGAUCCGGUGCAUGCGUGACCUUAGCCAAGAAUGCUAGGGAGGCAUCCUUCUCUGAAGUAGUGGCAUCCCAACUUACCCCCAAGAUUGCAGGAUCAACCCCUGUUAAGGGAGAAACGGUUGCGAAAUUGAAGGUGGCAAUUAACGGUUUUGGUCGCAUCGGCAGGAACUUCCUACGGUGCUGGCAUGGCCGCAAGGACUCACCGCUUGAAGUUAUUGUUGUUAACGACAGUGGUGGUGUCAAGAAUGCAUCUCACUUGCUGAAAUACGACUCGAUGCUUGGUAUUUUCAAGGCAGAUGUGAAAAUAGUGGACAAUGAAACCAUUAGCGUUGAUGGUAAGCCCAUCAAAGUUGUCUCUAACAGGGACCCUCUGAAGCUCCCUUGGGCUGAACUUGGCAUUGACAUUGUUAUUGAGGGAACAGGCGUGUUUGUGGAUGGCCCAGGUGCUGGGAAGCACAUCCAAGCUGGAGCCAAGAAAGUUAUCAUCACUGCUCCAGCAAAAGGGGCUGACAUUCCAACCUAUGUUGUCGGGGUAAAUGAAGGAGACUAUGACCAUGAGGUUGCUAACAUUGUAAGCAAUGCUUCUUGCACCACAAAUUGUUUGGCUCCUUUCGUGAAGGUCUUGGAUGAAGAACUCGGCAUUGUCAAGGGAACUAUGACCACCACUCAUUCCUAUACCGGUGACCAGAGGUUGUUAGAUGCUUCACACCGGGACUUGAGGCGAGCUAGAGCUGCAGCACUGAACAUCGUCCCAACAAGCACGGGUGCAGCAAAGGCUGUGUCUCUAGUGCUACCUCAACUAAAGGGAAAGCUCAAUGGUAUCGCACUCCGUGUGCCCACACCAAACGUAUCUGUUGUUGACCUUGUUGUAAAUGUUGCGAAGAAAGGAAUUUCAGCCGAAGAUGUCAAUGCAGCCUUUAGAAAGGCAGCAGAAGGUCCACUGAAAGGCAUAUUGGCAGUAUGUGAUGUCCCUCUUGUGUCAGUAGACUUCCGGUGCUCUGAUGUCUCAUCCACCAUUGAUUCAUCUUUGACAAUGGUCAUGGGAGAUGAUAUGGUAAAGGUGGUGGCCUGGUAUGACAACGAAUGGGGAUACAGCCAACGGGUUGUCGAUUUGGCACAUCUGGUGGCAAGCAAAUGGCCGGGCAUGCCUGCAGUAGGAAGCGGUGACCCACUGGAAGAUUUCUGCAAAACAAACCCUGCUGAUGAGGAGUGCAAAGUUUAUGAAGCGUAGAUGGUUUGCUUUAUUUUUCUUCCUUUUUGGCUUGUCGAAAACUAUUUAAUUUCCUCAGGGGCCAAGGAUUUUCAUUAUUCUUUGUCACUAAAAUGCCCAUUUUGCAAUGAUAAUUGAGAAUACUACUAGUAGAAUUCUAAUAAAUUAAAAUGGUGCUUCAGCUCA